GACUGGCAAGCAGUGCCCGCAGCUUCACUUGCAACAGCAUCGUCGAGGAAUCACAGGCAGAGAGAGCUAGCAAUGGCUGCUCUCCUUCUGUGGCUGGCAUGGCUAGUUAUCUCCCUCCUCUCUGUCUACGUUCUCGACCUCCUUAUCCACUCGCGCAGCGGCCUUCCCCCUGGUCCCCGUCCACUGCCGCUCAUCGGCAGCCUGCAGCUUCUGGGCAAGCAGCCUCACCGCUCCCUCGCCUGCCUGGCCAAGAUCCACGGCCCGCUCAUGUCCCUCCGCCUGGGCACGGUCACCACAGUGGUCGUCUCCUCCCCUGAUGUCGCCCGAGAGUUCCUGCAGAAGCACGACGCCAUCUUCGCCUCCCGGUCCGUGCCGGACGCCACCGGUGAGCACGCCAAGAACUCCGUCCCCUGGCUGCCCAACGGGCCGCGGUGGCGCGCGCUCAGGAGGACCAUGGCCGCGGAGCUGUUCGCUCUGCACCGGCUCGAGACGCUUCACCAUAUUCGGCGCGAGAAGGUGCGCGAGCUCGUGGACCACGUCGGCCGCCUGACGCGCGAGGGCGCCGCGGUGGACAUCGGCCAGGUGGUGUUCACGACGGGUCUGAACCUGCUCUCGCGCAUGAUCUUCUCGCGCGACCUCACGGACUUCGAUCGCCAUGGCGAGUCGAAGGAGUUCCAGGGCGUGUGCGCGGAGAUCAUGGAGGUGGCGGGUAUCUCGAACGUCUCGGACUUCUUCCCCGUGCUCGCGGCCGUCGACUUGCAGGGUGCACGGCGGCGGAUGGCGAGGCUGUUCGCGAGGCUUCACCGGGUGUUCGACGUGGAGAUUGCCCAGAGGCUGCGUGGCCGUAGCGCCAGCGAGCCCCGCAAGAAUGACUUCCUCGACGUGCUGCUCGACAACAGCAAGGCCGGCAUUGAUCGCGACACUCUGCUGUCACUGUUCACGGACUUGUAUGCUGCUGGGAUGAACAACAUUUCCAAUACCAUGGAGUGGGCAAUGUCAGAGUUGCUUCAAAACCCAUUAGCUAUGUCUAAGGCUUGCGAUGAGCUUUCACAGGUUAUUGGCGCAAGCAGAAAUGUUGAGGAAUCUGAAAUUAGCCAGUUGCCCUAUCUCCAAGCUGUGGUAAAAGAAACUUUUCGAUUACAUCCUCCAGCACCACUUUUGCUACCGCGCCAAGCCGAUACGACAACAAAGGUAAUGGGUUACACAAUACCUAAAGGUGCACGAGUACUUGUAAAUGUAUGGGCAAUGGGUUGAGACGAAGAUAUUUGGCCUGAGCCUGAGAAGUUUAUGCCGGAGAGGUUUUUGAACAGAGCAGUCGACAUAAGAGGUGGAGAUUUUGAGCUCAUUCCAUUUGGUUCUGGCCGCCGUAUCUGCCCUGGGAUGACAUUGGCUAUCCGCAUGGUGCAUUCGGUUCUUGCAUCAUUGUUAAAUCAGUACAAGUGGAGCCUCCCAGAUGAGGUGCAAAGAAAUGGGAUUGAUAUGUCAGAGAAGUUUGGAGUGAAUGUUACAAAGGUUGUCCCACUCUGUGCUAUAGCCACACCAAUCUGAGACUAAAUUAGCAAUCCAUCAGAAUAAAGCUUUGGAUGUCCUCCUUAUCGUGUAAGCAGUGUGGUGGUGUAUUGGUGUGACUGUAUCUUUGUAUGAAUUUCAAGAGUAUAUGAAUCAAUUAGAAUAAGUGAAGCCUUUCAUAUUAGCAA